CUGCAGAGGCCAGUACAGAUACCUGGAGUAUGAGUCAUCGGUCAGAUACCCUUCCUGUGCCCUCUGGCAAGACGAGAAGCCAGGUCCUCAGAGACCGGAGCAUCUAUACCCGGCUGUUGGAGGUGACGCGGCACUUGCAGCAGACUGUGAGGGAGCACUUUGUGCAGCUGAUGAGCAGGCAGGGCCUGCUGCAGGAACGGAGGCACACCCAGGCCAUCCGUGAGCAGGAAGCCCUCCUAAGUCGCUUGCUGUGCCAGAUGAUCGACCUCCUACAGUCUGGGGCCACGAGUGGCCUGGAGCUCCAAGUGCCUCUUCCUUCCGGGGACUCUAGGGGUGAUGUCAGAUAUGGACAGGGGACCCAACUAUCUGGGCAGCCUGAUCCAGUUCCCCAACUGAGUGAUUGUGAAGCUGCCUUUGUCAGUCGUGACCUGUCCAACCGUGGGACUGACAUCUCUGCCCUCUAUCGGUCGAGCUUCCAGGACUAUAAUGCCUACCAAAAGGACAAAUAUCAUAAGGAUAAGAACACCUUGGGCUUCAUUAACCUUGGCACCAGUGAGAACAAGCUCUGCAUUGACCUGAUGGCUGAAAGAUUGCAAGAAAGUGACAUGAACUGCGUUGAGGAGACCUUGCUGCAGUGCCCUGACUGGAGAGGGCAGCCGUUCCUGCGGGAAGAAGUGGCCCGGUUCCUGACCUACUACUGCAGGGCACCUGCCCGCCUUGAUCCAGAAAACGUGGUUGUUCUAAAUGGCUGCUGCUCUGUCUUCUCUGCCCUGGCCAUGGUUCUGUGUGACCCAGGUGAGGCCUUCCUGGUCCCCACGCCCUUCUAUGGUGGUUUUGCCUUUAGCUCCCGCCUGUACGCGAAGGUUCAGUUGAUUCCUGUCCACCUGGAGAGUAAGAUCACUGCUAUAAACACCUAUCCUUUCCAGCUCACUGUGGACAAGUUAGAGGAAGCCCUGCUUGAAGCUAGGCUUCAGGGGAAAAAUGUCCGAGGCCUUGUGCUAACCAACCCUCAGAAUCCUUUGGGUGACAUCUACUCCCCAGACUUGCUGAUGAAAUACCUGGAAUUUGCCAAGAGGCAUGAUCUACAUGUGAUCAUAGAUGAGAUUUACAUGCUGUCUGUGUUUGAUGAAUCUAUCACAUUCCACAGUGUUCUGAGCAUGGAAAGUUUGCCUGAUCGCAGCAGGACCCAUGUGAUCUGGGGUACCAGUAAGGAUUUUGGCAUCUCUGGCUUCCGCUUUGGUGCUCUGUACACCCACAACAAGGAGGUAGCCUCUGUGGUCAGUGCCUUUGGUUACCUUCACAGCAUCUCUGGCAUCACCCAGCACAAGCUGUGUCAGCUGCUCCAGAACACAGAAUGGAUCGACAAAGUGUACCUACCCACCAAUCGCUUCCGGCUCCGGGAAGCUCACAAAUAUGUCACUGCUAAGCUGAAGGCAUUGGAGAUCCCCUUUCACAACCGCGGCUCCGGCCUCUAUGUCUGGAUCAACUUGAAAAAGUACCUGGAUCCCUGUACAUUUGAAGAAGAACAGCUCCUCUAUCGCCGCUUCCUGGACCACAAGCUGUUGUUAUCCUGUGGCAAAGCUUACAUGUGUAAGGAGCCAGGCUGGUUCCGCCUCAUCUUUGCAGAUGAGCUCCCCCGGCUAAAAUUGGCCAUGCGUCGGUUCUGCGAUGUGCUGGAGGAGCAGAAGCAGGAUUUGAUAGUGAAGCAGCUGGAGGAUGCAAUGAGGGAGUAAGCUGCCUGCCUCCCAACCAGAAGCUCCAGCCUGUCACUUGCUCAGGGACCCCCUAAUGUCAGCCUCUGGCCCAGAAGUCUGGGGUGUCUUCUUGUCAGGGUUGUGAUGGAGAAAAUGGUGGACUCCUCCAGAAGGUCUCAUCUGACCCCAGUCAUCACCCUCCUGUAGCUGAGUGUCUGCUGUCUUUGGAAGCUUCGCAUCUUUUUAGUCUUUGCUAGCCAUUAUAUAUGCAAAAAUGUUUUUAUUGGGGUUGGGGUGGGAAGGCCUAGAGGUACCUAGAGAAAUAAAGGAAGCUCUCUGGGCCGCUAUUUAGAUGGCUUAUUUUUAUCUAAUAAAUUCUAUCUUCUUU